UUGCCCUCCACUCAUUUGACUAGUCCACGACCCUCAUCGAUUCCAUCGACUCUGACCUUAAAUUCCCAACUUCUCCGCAACUUCUUCCACCAUCGAUCUCGACGAAUCUUGAUUUAUAAGAACGCCCUUCCGCUCAUCAUCCACCACACUCGACAGUCGAGAUCUUUCCCAUGGAGGAGCAGGUGCAACAAACCGCCCACGUCUCAGGCGGCGGCGGCGGCGUGAUCUCCCUCCGCCCUCUGCAACUCUCCGACGUCGACGACUUCAUGGUGUGGGCGGCCGACCCGGACGUAGCCCGGUUCUGCAGGUGGGAGCCCUACACUAGCCGCGACGACGCCCUGGCCUUCAUCGCCGGCACCGUCCUCCCCCACCCUUACUACCAGGCCAUCUGCCUCGACGGCAGGCCGGUCGGGGCCGUCUGGGUGACGCGGAACGAGGCUGCGAGCGACGCGUGCCGGGGGGAGCUGGGCUACGCACUGGGGUCGGGCUACUGGGGGAGGGGGAUUGUGACGGAGGCGGUGAGGAUGGCGGUGGCGGAGGUGUUCGGCGGGGAGAGGCCGGAGCUGGAGAGGGUGGAGGCGUUGGUGGACGUGGAGAACAAGGCGUCGCAGAGGGUGUUGGAGAAGGCCGGGUUCACGAGGGAAGGGGUGCUGAGGAAGUACGUGGUGGUCAAAGGGAGGACGAGGGAUCUGGUCGUGUUCAGUCGUCUCUCUACUGAUGAUGAUGAUGAUGAUGAUUCUUGAAAUAUUCUGCACGAAUGUUUCUCCCAUUUUAAUGCGGAAGUUGACUCUGUAAGUGCAGUGUGUGCUCCUUUGAAUCUGUAAUAGAUUGUGGGAUUGGAUAAAAUUGUAUUUGAAACU